UAGAAGGCUUCAGUUCAGCGCGGUGCCAACCAUGAUGGACGCAGCUGAUAGUGCAGAUAUGCUGGAGGACGAGAAAACACGGACUCAGACUGUGGAUUUAAACACGGACACCUCCCUUAUGGUAGACAUUUCCGAUGCAUUAAGUGAAAGAGAUCGGGUGAAGUUUACUGUUCAUACAAAGACAACCCUGCCGAAUUUUAAAGAAGGCGAGUUUUCUGUCGUCAGGGAACAUGAAGAAUUUGUUUGGCUUCACGAUCGAUACGUAGAAAACGAAGAGUAUGCUGGAAUCAUUAUUCCUCCAGCUCCUCCCAAACCAGAUUUUGAUGUAUCUCGUGAAAAGCUACAAAAGCUUGGAGAAGGUGAAAAUACAAUGACAAAAGAGGAAUUCCAGAAAAUGAAGCAAGAACUUGAAGCGGAAUAUCUUGCUACUUUCAAGAAAACUGUAGCCAUGCACGAGGUGUUCUUGACGCGUUUGGCUGCUCAUCCUACUCUUAGAAAAGACAGCAACUUUAAUGUGUUCUUGGAGUUUAAAGGAGAACUUAAUGUACGAGGCAAAAACAAGAAAGAACGACUUGGAGGCCUCUUCAAGGGCCUUGCCAAAGGAGUUGAUGAAGUACUUCUGUCUGGACAAAAGGAUGUUGAUGAGUUUUUUGAGACUGAGAAGAAAUUUCUAGUGGAAUAUAACAUGAAGUAAGUGUCUGCAUUGUGUAUG